AUGGAGACGCAACCUUUGCUUAAAACUUCUGAUCACAUGCGACUAGCCAUAAAGAUCUCAGAUUGCCUGUUGCAUUGGGGGCCCAGCAUAAUAUUCUGCAAAGCGGCCCUUGCGCUGUUUUUCUACACGCUUUACAUACCUUUCAGUACCUGCUGUCUGGCUAAGGCUCACAGCCUAAACGAGAGUGAUGUAUUUACUGAGCGUUUACACUAUAUUGGUACUGUGGAUCUUAUGGCCAUCGGCGGUGCUGCAAUGGCAUUUAUUACAACGAACGCAAUGCUCGAAGAUUUUAUUGCCAAUAUUACUAGCUUGAAAUGGAAUGGGCCCAUUGGGGAUCCUGAUUUUCGGAGAAUAAUAACAUUGAGGUUGGUAAUUAUACUGCCAUUGUGGAUAUGGCAAUUUCCUGUCUGGUUCCCUGCCUUGGGUAUAAAAGUUGGCAGUUUACUAUUGCAUUUUCUUCCACUGGUAGACUCUUGGCACGAAGAGGGUAUUCUGAUUUUUUAUGCUACCUCAAGCGCAGCUAUGCUUGUUUACAUGAUUUACUCUUAUGUCGCGUCUCACUUCACGAAGUCUCCAAAAGAAGGCACCUUCGAGUCGGAAGAAGAAAGUUUAUCUGUAUAA